AAACAAAACAUGAGGUUGAGGUAAGGGUAGUGGGAAAUCAAUCAAACCAGCCGCAUUUCGACAAUGGUCGGUUAAAGGAACAAAACAAGCAGAGAGAGAGAGAGAGAGAGGGGCAGCCUUUCUAUAUAUUUAUAUAUAAAAUAUAAAAGGUUGUCCACGACUUAGGAUUAAAAACCAAGACAAAAGCCUAUCUUUUUCACAUUCAUUCAUUCAAUCUCAAAGAGCCAACAAGCUCAGAGCUUCAAAGCGUGAAAGUGUGGGGGUCCUUGUGAACUGGGAUUCUUGCAAUUCUGCUCAACAUGGCUUGCAGAGUUGCAGAUUCUAUGUUCCUUUUCAUGGGCCCCCAUCAGAAGCCAAUUUCUGUUCACAAAAUUGCAGCCCAUUAUUCUCCAGGAACCUCUUAUUGGAAAUGGGACGGCCUUGUUGCUAAGGGAAUUAAACGUCAACAAUAUUUAAAUUCCAGAAGAAAGAUUGAACUGGUACAAGCUGUAGCUGUUCCAUUUUCACCAGCUCCAGCAGACACAGCCGAGUAUCGAAAAGAAUUAUCAGAGAGCUAUGGUUUCAAACAGAUUGGAGAAUCACUUCCGAAGAAUGUUACAUUAAAGGAUAUCAUUGAUACCCUUCCAAAAAAGGUUUUUGAGAUUGAUGAUGUGAAAGCAUGGAAGUCAGUUCUAAUAUCUGUCACUUCAUAUGCGUUGGGGCUUUUCAUGAUUUCAAAAGCCCCUUCGUAUCUGCUUCCUCUGGCUUGGGCUUUUACUGGGACUGCAAUAACUGGGUUCUUUGUUAUAGGUCAUGAUUGUGCACACAAAUCAUUUUCAAGAAACAAAUUAGUGGAGGACAUUGUUGGAACACUGGCCUUUAUGCCGCUGAUAUAUCCAUAUGAAGCAUGGCGGUUUAAGCACGAUCGGCAUCAUGCAAAAACAAACAUGCUGUUUGAAGAUACAGCUUGGCAUCCUGUCUGGGAAGAAGAGAUUGAAUCAUCUCCUGCUUUGCGCAAGGCAAUUAUAUAUGGAUAUGGUCCAUUUCGGCCGUGGAUGUCAAUAGCUCACUGGUUGAUGUGGCACUUCGAUUUGAACAAGUUCAGACCAAAUGAAGUCAAAAGGGUGAAGAUAAGUUUGGCUUGUGUGUUUGCAUUUAUGUUAAUUGGAUGGCCAUUGAUUAUCUACAAGACGGGGAUUAUGGGAUGGAUCAAGUUUUGGUUGAUGCCAUGGCUGGGGUACCACUUUUGGAUGAGUACUUUUACUAUGGUCCAUCAUACGGCUCCGCAUAUACCUUUCAAAUCUUCGGAGGAGUGGAAUGCAGCUCAGGCUCAACUUAAUGGAACAGUUCAUUGCACUUACCCUCGUUGGAUUGAGAUCCUCUGCCAUGAUAUCAAUGUCCACAUCCCCCAUCAUAUAUCUUCAAGGAUUCCGAGUUAUAAUUUACGUACAGCUCACAAGUCUCUCCAAGAAAAUUGGGGAAAGUAUCUAAACGAGGCUACGUGGAAUUGGCGUCUAAUGAAGACAAUCAUGACAAUCUGCCACGUUUACAACAAGGAACAAAAUUACGUAGCUUUUGACCAGCUUGCCCCUGAAGACUCCUAUCCCAUUAAGUUUCUGAAAAAAGUGAUGCCAGAUUUUGCUUGAUAAAAACUAUGUCACCUUCAACCUCACCUUGUGGGGUUCACAGCCUUUUUGUUCUUUCUUAUCCUGUUCUACUCUUCUUUGGUAGAGGCUUAUCUUAAUUCCAUUAUUAUAUAAUUUACAUGUACGUUGCUUACGUGAUGUAAUUCUUUGAAAGAUUUUAUGAUUCAGGCAAGAGAAAAGAUAAAAUUCAAGGGAAGCUUCCUGGAA